CCACUACAUUGCUUGACCACUCCGGGUGAUACUGCAUUCGCGGGCAAAGCUCCACAAUUAUCACCCACCUGUCCAAAGGGAGAGUCUUUUGGCAGACGAUGCUCAGUGUCCGAGUUGUCGAGUUGACGAACCAGUUAGACGGGCGAUUGGCAUUGCUUUCGGGGCGUUUAAAAGUGCGCACCUCACCCACCUCGACUGCGUGCAGUAAUUUAAAAAUAACAUCGCGGGGCCCAAAACAAGCGAAAACAUUCUCGAUAAGGAAAGGCGAGGCGAAACAGUUGCGCCGCACACUUCGGACCGGGAACAACGCACAGCCGUAGUGAGCUCAUUCCGGCGGAAUCCCUCCCACAACGACACAACAAAAUGCCCGAUAACAGCAACAAGUUCUGCGCCUCCAACGAUGUCCGCAUUCCGGACUGGAUCAACGAGGCCUACUUUAAGAGGCUGCUCAAACGGGAAUUUCGCGAAUUUCGGCGCAUUCUGAACCUCUCGAUUAUUCCAGCCAUUCCGCCCGGAGAGACCUACACCUCACUUCUGAUGCGCAUUGUCAUCGACAUCGAGAUGAAAGAUGGAUUCUCACAGCAAAAGUCGUACAUAGUAAAGACCAUGCUGGACGAUGCCCGGGGAAAUGGUGGCUUUGUGAACACCCUCAAUAUAUUUCCCAAGGAGAAGAUGAUGUACGAUACGAUCAUACCGCAGUUGGAACUUCUCUACGAGCAGGCUGGAUUGAGUGUGAAAUUCGCACCCAAGUGCCACUGGUCGGAGGAAAUUAAUGGACGGAUAUGCAUGGUACAGGAGGAUCUGCAAACGAAGAAAUAUAGGAACAUCAGCCGCCUCAAAGGCUUUGACAUGGCCCAAAUGCAACGGGUGCUAGAGAAGUUGGCCGAAUUCCAUGCUGCGAGUGCCGUUUGGCGUCAGCGGAAUGGAGACUUUUCGGAGGAGUUUCAACGAAUAUACCUGCCCGCCAACUACAAUCGAUCCAAAUCGUAUCAGGCAAGGAUACAGAGCUAUAAGACAGCCAUGGCCAGUUGGGGACUGCAAGAUCACGAGCACUACGUGAAUCGCAUCCCUACGGCCGAUCAAUUUGUGCAAGCCUAUGCCCGCUGCUACAGCACUAGCCCGCAUGAGUUCAAAGUUCUUAAUCACGGCGACUUCUGGUCCAGUAACAUAAUGCUGAACUACACUCAAUCUGGAGAUAUCAACCAAGUGCGUUUUGUGGAUUUCCAGCUGUGCAAAUGGGGCAGUCCAGCCCAGGAUUUAUGGAACUUUAUUAUUUGUUCCGCCAGACAUAGCAUAAGGAUCCAGAAUUUUGACUUUUUUGUGAGAAUUUAUCAUACACAUCUGGUGCACUGUUUGAAAAUUCUGAAGUAUAAUGAGAGAAUGCCAAUGCUUAGAGAACUCCAUAUGAGUAUGAUCAAAUAUGGCUUUUGGGGUUACUUUACGACCUUCACUCAUUUGGUGUUUAUUCUGCUGCCCGUGGACACGGAGGCCAGUUUAGUUAAACUUACGCAGCCGGGAGAGGAAGGCGAUCAAUUCCGAUCCAAGGUCUACACAAAUCCCCUGUACGUACGAGCAGCCCUCAGUAUAUUCCCCUUCCUAUACAGGCGUGGUAUUCUAGACUUUUAAAACUUUUCUACCUAUCUAUAUUAGGACUGUUAUAUCCUGAAGAAUUGAAACGAUUUAAAAUCAGAUGUUUUGAACAAUAAUUAAUAAUAAUUCCGCAAUGUUAAUGGCAUUUUAGAAACUUUUAGACCAAUUUUGACUAAGUUACAAUAAAAUAUAUGUUCGAUCUUUUAUAUAUAAACACACUCAUUUUAUUAGUUUUAAUUAUGUUUAUGUUUAGGUACCAACAGUAUAAGAGAGAACUUCUAGAAAUUUUCCUCCUCACUACGGAAUAAUACCAUUUUUUUGGCAUAAAGCAAAUUUUUAAAGCUAAUAAAUUAAAAAAAAAAACUUUUUUUAAAUCUUUAAAUCCUUAACUUAAAAAAAAAAUUACGCGCCAUCCAUAAAUUGCAAUAAUCGAUAGAAGUCAAUCGAUCAAUGGCCUCAUCUCUAAUGAAAAAGCUCGCAAAUUUUAUCAUGAUCAUAAAAUACAACUUAAGCAAGUGUAAUAGAAUCAUAGACCAAUUUAAAGCGACCCAUUCGGCUUAGCCAUCUCCAAAUAAUUGUUGAGUUUGAAGGCCAGGGUAUUUCACACAAAUAAUUAGGUUGGAGACUUGUAAGUUUGUAUCCCUCAAAAUUCCAUAAAAAAAAAUUGUUAAAUUGUUAAAAAAUUGUUUAAAAAAUGGCUAUGAUGUUUGGUGAAAAUUAUCUUAUCUUAAAUGAUAAACUCAACAUGCAAAUUUAUCUUAUCUUACAUGAUAAUUAGCUUAGCUGACAUGACAAACUCAUCAUAAUAUUAUUUGAAUUUGAAGACAGUUGAAAUCAUGUCGCGCUCUGAGAAGAUUGACAAUCCCAACGAGAGUCUUGUUAUACCAAAAUGGUUGAACGAAUCAAAGUUUAAGUCUUUGCUGGCAAAGGAUGAGCCCGACCUAUCUAUAUUAGGACUGUUAUAUCCUGAAGAAUUGAAACGAUUUAAAAUCAAAUGUUUUGAACAAUAAUUAAUAAUAAUUCCGCAAUGUUAAUGGCAUUUUAGAAACUUUUAGACCAAUUUUGACUAAGUUACAAUAAAAUAUAUGUUCGAUCUUUUAUAUAUAAACACA